AUAAUACAUUAUUCAACCUUCUCUAUUCAGUUAUAUUCUGGGCUGAAAUAGUGCUUGUCCAGAACUUUUGUAAGUACUUUUAAUCAGCAACUUUAUAAAAGCUGAUAUAAAGCUGAAAAGGAGCUUUAAUUUAAUUAAAUCGUUCAUAUUCGUUGCAAAAGGUGUAUACUUAAGUUCGAUGAAAAAUGGCUUCUGCAGCUGAUGAUUAUUAAGUAUUAUACAAUUGCUUAUAUUUGCUAUAUAAUUUUAAUUAUUUAGAUAAAAGAUAUACACUGUGCUUUACUUAAUAUUUAAAAAAUAUGGAUAAAAAAUCAAUUCAAAAUUUAAAAAAAAUAAAAAAAUCUGGCCAUUAUUACCGAAAAUUAAAGGUAAACCGUUCAAAUUAUGAAGAGUUUUUAAAAAAUCUAUAUGCACCAAGUAGUGUUUCUUCUCAUUCAAAAGCUAACGACACAGCAUCAGGAUCAGGUAAUUUUGUUUUAAUUUUGUGAGUAUAUUUUAAAUAAAAAAUAAUUUGUUACAUAGGUUCUAAAGAACAGGAGUGUAUUUCUAGCACAUCAAGUGAUCUUGACGAUAAUCUAAUGGAAACCAGUGAAACAUCAGAUGAUGGUGACCAGUUUAUUGAUGAAGACAUUUUUAAAACAGAAGAUACUGAAACGCAAUUAUUGCCUUGUUCAAGUACCGAAUUAGGAAAUUGGGCAAUCCGACAUAAUAUUACACAUGCAGCUCUAAAAGAUCUCCUACAAAUAAUCAAGAGACAGUAUGAUUCUAGUUUAUUUAUCGAUGCUAGAACAUUAUUAAAAACGCCAAAAAAUACGAAAAAAAGUUGUAAAGUUAUACAGGGUGGAGAAUAUUGGCAUCAAGGUCUUGACGUUUGUCUAACGAACACUUUUAAAAACUUGUCAAAAGACAUGUUAAUACAGCUCAAUGUAAAUAUAGAUGGGUUGCCAAUAUAUAAAAGUUCCAAACGUCAGUUUUGGCCAAUUUUAUGUAGCAUAUAUGAAAUGCCUGAUAUACAACCUAUGAUUGUUGGCAUUUUCCAUGGAAAUAACAAGCCUCUAGAUAUAAAUGAAUUUUUGGAGCCUUUUGUUGAGGAUGUUAAGCGGCUGCAAUCAAAUGGACUCUGUGUUAAUGGGCAUAUGAUUCACAUAAAAAUUAGAUGCUUUAUCUGCGAUUCACCUGCACGGGCAUUUAUUAAAGGUGUAGUCAAUUUCAAUGGGAUUAAUGGAUGCCUUAAAUGCACUACUGAAGGCGAAUAUUCUUAUCUUUCUCGAACUGUUGUAUUUCCUGAUAUAAAAUGUCCUCUUAGAACUGAUGCAAAAUUCAGAAGUAAACAUUAUGGUAAGCACCAUAAAGGGCAAGAGUCACCAAUUUUGAAAAUUUCCGAAGUUGACAUGGUGCAGGAUUUUAUAGUAGCAGAUGAACUACAUCUUUUAGAGCUAGGUGUGAUGAAGCGUUGUCUAACAGGAUGGAAAGAUGGUUCUAUGGGUUUCUCAAGUAAGCUAUGUGCUCGUGAUAUUGAGAGGAUCUCCAAACAUUUAAUAUCUGUGAAACUUCCAUCUGAAAUUCAUCGUUCCACAAGAGGAUUAGAUUGCCUGGCAUACUGGAAAGGACCCAGGCAACCAAACGACGUUUUUAUAACGUAGAUAACACGUCAUAAAAAUGACCAAUUGACGUGUUUCUAUGACGUAGUACUGACGUUGAAAAUCACGUGUAUUUGUCUCAUCGAUUUGACGUCAUAAUUGUGACGAUUUUAAGACGUAAUCGUAUCUACGUUUUUUUCACGUCGGUAAAACCACGUCUUUAAUACUUUCAAAAAGUGACCUCUUUCAGAUGUUUCAAAAUAGUAUAAAACAUAGGUACAUAACAUAAAACCUAUAGGCCUACGUCCCAUGUGUCGAAAGUAC